AUACCUUCCAAUUAUAUUAAAGCAAAAGCUCUUUGCCCUUCUCUAUUUCUUCUUCUUGUCUUCUGCUGCUGCAAGGUUUCAAUAAACUUAUAAGGGAGAAGGGAGGAGAGUGGAGAACAUCUGUUACUUUCUUAAGUUCUGAUGGAAGGGCUAGAUUUUGAAGCCAAAUAUAUUAUUGACACGGAUAAAAUUAUUGAGAUCUUUGCAGCUGAAGGUGUUGAGUUCCUUCUGUCUUGUGAAGGGAAGGUACCCUUGUCAGAAUGCAAUGGAAAAACCAUCUGCCUAUUUUUCUCUGCAAACUGGUGCAGGCCUUGUAGAGCAUUCAUUCCCCAUCUGGUUGAACUUUAUGACACACUGAGAAAGAGGGACAAGAGUCUAGAGAUCAUCUUUAUCUCCUUUGAUCAUGAUGAGAAUGGAUUUAAAGAACACUUCAAGAGUAUGCCAUGGCUAGCUGUCCCAUUUGAUGCAAAUUUGCACAGAAGAUUGAUUGAUAGAUAUGGAGUUGAUCGAAUCCCAUCCUUCAUUCCAUUAUGUUCAGAUGGCAUAACGGUUGAAGAAGAAGACUUGAUUGGGUACAUUGAGGAUUAUGGUGCUGAUGCAUUUCCUUUCACAAGAAAGAGACGUGAGGAAUUGAAAGCCAUAGAUAAAAGGAAGCAUGAAGAAUCAAAUUUGGAAGAAUUAUUGACACAUGAAGGACGAAACUUUCUAAUCUCUGGAGAUGAUAGAAAGGUACAUGUGUCUGAACUUGCAGGUAAAACAAUAGGCCUCUAUUUUUGUGCUUACUGGUCUCCUCCCUGCCGCGCCUUCACUCUCCAACUUGAAGAUGCAUACAACAAUCUCAAAGCUGCAAAAAACCACUGCUUUGAGAUUGUUUUGAUCUCCACUGAUAGAGACCUUAAGGAAUUCAGUGUCAACAUAAGUAGUAUGCCAUGGCUUGCCAUCCCAUAUGAGGACAGAACAAGGCAUGACCUUUGUAGAAUCUUUGAUAUCAAAGGAAUACCAUCUUUAGUCCUCAUUGGAUCAGAUGGUAAAGUCAUUACUAUGAAUGGAAAGUUUAUGGUAUCUUCAUAUGGUGCGGAAGCUUUCCCCUUUACCGAAGCGCGGAUAAGGGACCUUGAAGCAGCUUUGAAAAAGGAAGGAGAGGCUUUGCCCCAACAGGUUGAGGAUGUGAAGCAUGAGCAUGCACUGAAAUUGGAUAUGGCCAAAGCAUAUGUAUGUGAUUCCUGUAAAAAGCAGGGGAAGUUUUGGGCUUUCUCUUGUGAUGUUUGUGACUAUGACCUUCACCCAAGUUGUGUAGAAAAGGUCAACAUAGAUGAAAGCUCUUAGAGAAUAUACCACAUUAAGUUUGCAACCAUAUGUAUGAACUAACUACUUUUUGCAUUGAUGGAAUUUAAGAAUCUGUUAAACAUUUAG